AUGUGCACCUCACAGGAUGCCAAUAGUUUGGAUCUACAAGCAUUGGCGCUCUCGAAAUUCUUCGUUUCGCCCAUGCGACGGAUGGAGGACUUGCCACCUGCUUUCGAGAUACCUCGUCCUCGAAAACUGUCAGCGUUUGAGAAACUUCCUGCCGAGUUGCGCCACGAAAUAUACAGCCAUCUCGGGGUGCUUGUAGCUCGCAGACUUUGGACAGGCUGUCGGAAAGACAACUGCGGGUACCGCUCACAUCCAGGUUGUGAUACAGGAAGCUACUGGGACACUCAAUCCGACGGCAGCGAUGUACCCGAAUAUGAACACCGUUCGAGGGUUCUUGAAGUCGAGUUUGAACGUCCCGAUGAGAGGUCAGGGGCGUUUGUUAUGGAGAGCCGCACUGUUGAUGGGCACAACUGGACUUAUUACUACAUAAUACUGCUCAAAGACUGGCCUCUACUUCACAUUUGCCGAUUAAUUCGAGAUGAGGUUGCCGACCUGCUCUUUCAAAAUGUGAAUGUCCGCAUCGGGUUCGAGUUAAGCGACAGGGCAGUUCACUACGACAACUGGACGAACUACUACAACAACAAGCCUGGACACGGUGUAUUCCGACGGAUGACUCUCAACCCAUCCUGGUUUGCCUCCAUGACACACAUUCACCUCACCAGAGAAGUAGGAAGUGGUUUCAAUGCGAAGCGCCCCGGAGCCGCUUACAAGCCUCGUCCAAACCUCACUCGUGCCCUCGAAAAACAGGCCAAGACUCUUCUCUUUCUCGCCAAAUACUGUCCUGCCCUCGUUACCCUGCGUGCGGAUUUCGUCCCGGCAUGUCACGAGUACGACUGUUGGCCCUGCGGCUGGUACCACGCCUGGAGGGGUAAACCAAAACAGAGCAUGCUGGACGCCCUCAUCGCUGCCUACGUGGACGUCGUUGGCAGGUGCACGAAGUUGCAGAGCAUUGUUAUUCCCCGCGCCGAUUUCCAAACGUUAGAGGAUGAUCAAGCCGGUUCGGGGGAUAUCAAUCUAGAUGAUAGACUACAGGUUCUAGAGCUCCGGGAUGUUCUGGUCGCACUGAGGGAGGAGGCCGCACGGAAAUGGCUCAAAGUAUUGAUGGAUGACUUGGUGGCAUUUCGAUGUACGGGAUGUGAGAAGUAG